AUGAUCACACACACAUUCAAACUAACUUUCGACAGCCCAGGCUUACUCACCAGCAUCCAUGCCAGCAUUCCACUACCAGACACGCGUCCUUUGAAAGGACAACUGAGAUUCCUCAACUACGUGGUGCCGGAGAAUGUGACACGGCCACCCAGCACAUGCCAACCGGUGUCCAACAUCGCCUUCGUGAAGACCCACAAAGCUGGCAGUUCUACCAUAGCCAACAUCUUACAGCGUUACGGGUUGACUCACAACCUCAACUUCGCUCUGCCCAACACCCGGUCGCACGUGUACGCUUACAACUACAUCUCCAAACCUGGAGAGAUUUUGACCAAGGAGAAGAUCAUUGCACUAGCUCCAGGUCAAGAAUACAACAUACUGUAUAACCACGCUAUCUACAACCGUACAGCAUUCCGUGACAUUAUGCCAUGCAACACAUCUUACAUCACAAUUCUGCGGCAACCUUUCCAACAGUUUGUGUCCGCCUUUGAAUAUUACCAUAUAGACCGGGCCUUUGCACUGAGAAACGCGGAUAUUCUCAAUGAAAGUAACCCCAUCUCCACGUACCUGGCUAACCCAAUUAAAUACGAACGCGGAGUGAGUUACUUUUCUUAUAUCAGAAACAAACAAGCUGAGGAUUUGGGCAUGGGCAGAGAGGAAUGGUUCAGUUCUGAGAAAGAACACGCGUACAUUGCUCAAAUGGACAGGGACUUCAGCCUAGUCAUGAUCAUGGAGUAUUUUGAUGAAUCGUUAUUGCUUCUAAAGCGCCAGCUGUGCUGGGAAAUAAAAGAUGUCUUAUACAUUCCUAAAAAUACCAACAAACACAAACCAGAUAGAAACUUUACCAUUUUGGAUUACCAACGGCACCGCAACAUAAGUCACCUUGAUUAUUCCCUGUACAACCAUUACUUAGCAAUAUUUCAGAAUAAGUUGAACAGUCUUGGUGACGACUUCCAUCAAGAGCUGGCCAACUUCCGACAACUCUUAGGACACGUUAAGCAGAGCUGCUUACAAAACACGACAUUUUAUGCCCGCGAAACAAGGUGGCAUCCAGAGUUUGAAGUUAAUCAGAGUGACUGUAUACUGAUGCUCAUCACAGAGCUGGGAGGGUUGGAUAAGUUGCUAGCUCGUGUUGGUAGGAGUAUUAGCAACAAAGUCAGCAAUGUGACACGACAAAGUGGUCCGUCUUGA